UACAAACAAAUUGCCACGCACAAGGAGCGAGGGAGGGCUACUGAUCAACCUGUGUUUUGCUGAGAUUUCAAGUGUUUUUCCUGUACUUGUUCCCAUUUGAACAUCAGUUGGCUCUAAUGGAAUGACUCUAGCGAGGAGUGAGAGAGAGUGGACCAUUCUAGUAAACGAAGUAAGUGAUUUUCAGAGCAAAUCAGCUGAUCUAUGAAAAUAUCAGUUAGCAACGUAUCGUUCGGCAUAAUAACUUAGUUUUUAUUUUUUACUUCUUCUGUUGUAAGAAACAGAGAAACAUAACCUCUUUACCUGAGGUACCUAUUCAUACGUUUCAUUUGCUUAAAUUUUUAGUGUAGUAAGUCAAUUCCUCCGUAAAGAUCAUGAAUUUGCUGGAGGGGCCACAAGAAUUACCAUCUUCUCAAAUAAUUUAUGAAUGCUACAACAAUCGAUCGACUCCAUGUUGUUGAGCGAACACAUUUUUCUUUGUCACGUUUUAUAUUUGGAAAGCUCAUAGGUGUACAGAGUCUUAAAGGAACAAGCAUGUUUUUUUUAACUACUAUGCGCCUCGUUACUCGUUAUUUACAUUUGUUUUGAUUCAGGAUGUGAAAGACAAUGGAUUUAAUUGUUUAUAUCUACAGCUGUCUAUGGUUAAAAAAUUUUGUAGAAUACAAACUAUAGUUUGUGAAAUUUAUAAACUUACUUUUGCUGCAAGGGUGUUCCAGUUUUUAUCUACACCCUGUUGAAUACAAUACAUGUAGAAAUCCAAACCUCUAAUGUGAGGUCAAUUUUACCUUCAAAAACUAAAUCAGGAGUGUUACUGUUGUUGCUAUUACUUUUGGUGCCUAUGAAAAAACUGCUUAAAAGCUUCAAAUUUUAACUUUACAAAGAAACAAUCUAAACUCCCUAUAGAAAACCCAUCAUUCUGAUGAAAGAGGGUUGCAUGUAAAGUAGAAUCCACCCUGAUCCCUUCAUACAAUACUCUUCAAAAGAAAGUUGACAGUCUGUACUCAAAACUUGAUCCUCAAGUUUCGAGUUGAGUAUCGAGAAUCGAGGAUCAAGAAAUGAAAAUAUCUUGAUUAUAUCAUAGAAAAUAUCAUUGAGUAUUGAGAAUUGAGAAUCGAGGAGCAAGAUGUGCCAAGAACUUUUUGAGACUUAACUCAAUUGGCAGUUUUGAGGAAAUAAUUCAGUUCUCACACUCAGUUUAAUGUAAAACAGUAAACUGCUCUGUAGUUAUUGCUUUUAGAUUCGUUUGUUUUCAAAACAUCAUUUUGUCUAGCAAUAUACUGUCAGUCUAUUAAAAAAGAUGAUUGUUUUAAAUUCUUUAUGACAUGUUACACAUAAACAAAAGCCUUUGUCAUACCUGUGGCCAUUUCAAAGGGUGUCUACUUUAAGAGCUUUAUCUGUGCAUACUUCACAUGCAGGUGUAUAUCUCUUAUUAAUAAAGGGACAUUUAAACCUGUACAGUUGACUUCUUGUAACAAGAAUCCUCACUAACUUGACUGUGAGUUACAUGUAACUCAAACCAAAGUUGAUUUUCCUUAGUUUUCUGUUAUAAAUUGAUGUUGAUUAAAACCCUUGAUACAUGUAGUUCAGUCCUUUGAUAACUCAAACCUCCCACUAACUGACAGGAACUCUUAUUCCCCUUUAGAUUUUAUUCUUCACAAAUUUAUCCUCAUUUAAUAACUAGAACAUGUUUACAGUCAGUGAUAAGGCAAAAGACAGGUUAAAACAAAGUACAUCAUGGGCCAAAACUUUGGACCUAUUUUGAUCCAUUGCACUAAACAGCCUGACAGUCUAGUUAAGUUUUGUUAAUCUAACUCCAACUUGAUUUAACUUGUGUUUUUGUAAAACUGGUAAAAUGCUGAUACAGGUAUAUUGCAUCUCCACUAAUGGUUACUCCAUACUGUUGAGCACUGCCUGAGCAGAAAUAAAGUAACAUUUCCCCCUUUUUAGGAAAUUUUUUCCCUCAGCUCCCCAGUAUUGUUUCAAACUCCCAAAAAACUCAAACCUUGUUCAAUACCUCUGAGUUAUCAGUUGUUGAAUAUACUGAGAGGUGCAAAACAUUGUGUUUUAACAUGUAGUAUAACAUCUUUAUUAUACUAAUGGUACAGCUCAUUUUUGAUUGAUUUCUUCUUUUUUUAAUGUCAGUUUAACAUUUGUAAGAAGAAGUUGAAUAGUAAAAGGGAGGCUUUAAAGAUCCUAACAAGUGACUUAGAACUUUGUCAGAGGGAAAGGGACAUUUACAAAACAAAGAUCAAGCAACUGGUAAGAUGUAUGUGGGGUCAAAAGUCUUACAAAUUAUUCUGUACAUAGCAGUCCUAUGUGAUUGCUAACUUCUUCAAAAGUGUCUCAGGAAAUCUACCUUGUGAAAAUUGAAUGUAACAGAUAAGUUGUUUACAGAAUGUGCACAGAUCAUUAAAGUAACAAUAAAACUAAUAAUAACAAUUACUUUAUUUUUUGUUACAAAAAUGGAUUAGCUGGUACAACAAAGUAAAAGCUAAUAAUUACAAAGUUGUGUUGCAAUAAUUGAUUAAUAUCCAAAUGAUAUGAUAGAUUUGAAUAUGGAAAGCUAUUAUAAAGAAUUUUCUUAGAAAGUCUAGGUUACUGUCAAGUGUUUAGUUACAAGUACAAGAUGUGAUCCUAUUUUGUUUUGUUUUUGUUUUUGUAUUGGUAUUUGAUAUUCCUCUUCGUAAUUGCCUAGCUCAAAGAGGUUGAGGAUUACAAACGCAAGGAGAAAGAGGAACAAGCUCAGAAAUCGAAUCAGUCAACACCAGUUAAGAAAGUAAGGGAAUUAUCUCUACUGUGUUAUUGAUCUCAACACACCAUGGAUCAGAUCAAAAAUUAUAUCACAUCCUACAUUGUACCAUUAUCAUUCUGUGUGAGCUGAUCAUACUGUUUAAAUAAUUUUUUUCAAAAUAAUCACCACACUUUUUUUGAAAAUUUAUUUUAAAGUUUCCAAGCAAAAAUAAAAUAAAACAGAAUGUAGUUUCUCUGAUAAUCAACUAUCCUACUCUUACCAGGUUAAAUAUUUUCUAAUCACAGUACAGUCUAUAUGAAGGUCACAUGUAGAGUUAAAGUGGUUUAUACAUUGCACUAACUUGUUUGAAUUUUUUGUUUAAAAUUUUUAUAAAUCAGUGCUGUUUUAUAUGGUCCCUUUCUCUUGUUCACAUGUACAUCAUUACAAUCUGAAACAGAAGAAAAAAUAGUGAAAACUGUAUUGUACAUUUUAUGACACUUCUUUAACUAUAUCACCAGGUGGACUAUAACUACAGCUUUGGUAUCAUUGUUUGAAGUUAAAACCUCAACUCAUAGCAUACAGUAGCAACCUCUUCUCUAUACAAGUUAUAUGUACAUGUAUGUAUGAGAUCCUGACUCCUUUCAUUUCAAUUUUUUGUAGAGACUGUCUUUCUCUGGUCAAAGUGUUUGGGAGCAAGAACUUAGACAUGUGCGAGAGAGAAAACAGAAGGUUGGCUUGAUAUCUUUUUCUCAUCACUGUAAUAUGCAAAAGGAAAAACUCAUUUCCAUGGAAAUGUACAUUCAGGGCCUGAAAUUGUGCCUAAUAAAGGCACCAAUGUGACUAAAUUUUUCACUUUGGCAACCAAAUCCUGAAAAUUAGUUGCCAAAUUGGCAACUGGAAUGCUUCAUCAUAACCUUACAUGGAGAUAUAGUAAAUUAAAAAGAUUUUCAAAGAUAAAUCUGUGGCAAACUUCUUUGUUAAGUUUGUUUCCAAAACGCAGCACAUGCAUAUCGAUCAAUAACUAGAUGCCAUCUUGGAUUUAGGUGAGCUUCAACAUUGUAUUUCAUCACUUUGUAGCAUGUUAAAGAUCUUUUUCCUAACUUAAUUUUAGAAGGUCUAUCUAGAAAUGGUGACCAACUUUUUUAAAAUUGGCUAUUACUUUGAAAAAUGUAGGAGCCAAAUGGCUAUCAAAAAAGGUUAAUUUCAUGCCCUGACAUUGCACAUGUAAUUGCUUGGACUCAAAGUAUCUCCUUCAGAAUUACCCCCCCCCUCCCUUGUUUGUGUUACAUAUAUGGAAAGAAGAUGAAAUCUAAAUUUUAUGUAGGGGGUAUUAGUCAUUUCAUUUGAUAUCAGUCAAUAUACAAGACUGUGAGUUGCUUUGUGUAAGAUACUUACAUACAUGUUUUUAGCAUUGAGUUCAAUUUUCUUUGAUGUGACAGACACUAUCUCAGCUGUUGUGUGAAUCACGUGGAGAGAAUAAAGCUCUGAAGAAGGAUUUUGCAGAUUUGCGUCAACUUUACAAUGAUGCACAGGAAGACAUCCAGCUCCUGCGGGAAACUCUAGCCAACCAAAGAAAAUCCAAUAACAAUAUUAAGGAUUGCAAAGAUGGGAUGGAUCCACGCCAGGAUCUCAUUUGUCAACUGGAGAAGAGUCAAGAAAAGGUCAGAUGAGUAUAUUUGACUGUAAACUUAUUUUCACUAUUUAUGUCAGGGAGAUAUGUUGGAGAAAGAGGUCCAGAUGCACAAGAUGACAAAUCAAUGUGAAAUGCUGUGUGGACAAGCUGUUGCAAUAAUUUGCAUCCAGUAAGACAGGAACUCACAGAAGCAUAUUGUGGAGACCUAUUGCUGCACCACUAAAGUUAAGCAUUAAAAUGCUCGGUGUGCUGAAGUCUGGAUCUUAUGAUUACCUUACAAGCCCUAGCCAGUGUAUUGUGUCAUAUAUUGGGCAAGACACUUUGCUUUCCUUACUGCCAACAGCCCCUCUUUACUAUGAGGUAUAAAUUGGGUUGAAGAGGGAAGUAGUAGCAAUAAUCUGAAGAGAUCCAUCUAAUCUAUUGUGACCAUAAGAGUCAGUCCUACAUGAAGAAUUAUCUUAAGCUUGCUUAAAAUGGCAGAUCAGUCAUAGCAAUAGGCUUCUCAUGGCUAAUAUAGACUAUGUGUUACAAUUAUUCCCUUUAUUACACCCAUUUUGAAAUCACUGGUGGUCCCUGUAAUGGGACCACCACAUGUAUGAUUUCAGCCCAAAUUGCACUCCUCUCAUUUCAAUUACCAUUAUUAAUUGGCUGUUGUUUUUAUUGUCAUUUGUAGCUUUCUUUCAUUUUUAUACAGUCAUAUAUAAGAAACUACAGGUAUCUACCAUGUGAAGUAAGAUGUAAUGAUUGAUACUUUUAUUUUAUACUUUAAACAUGGUAACCAUGAAUAUGUAGAUAAUGGAACUGGAAAGAGACAAACUUGCUACCAGUGAUGAGAAAGCCGAAGUUGCAACAGAGGUAAGUGUAAUUAGAUUUUUUUGACAAUAAUAUACAUGUACAUGUAAAUAUAGAAUAUUUUGAAAAUUUUCAUAGGACUGUCAUUACUCUUAAGAGUCUUAAAGAGGACUUGUAGAAUUAAUUUAGACUGUCUGAAAAUAUUUUUUCCAGCGGGAGAGACUUAAGUGUUGCAUGCAUAUGGACUGUAUGUUACAUUAAAAUGUUUGUAAUGUUUUCAAAAUAAUUUUUUUAUGUUGUGUCCUUGCAUUUAAUGAGCUUGGAUUAGAAGAAUUUCACUCUCUUCUAUCCUGUCCAUCCUUUUCUUACUAGGCAUCAGUCCAGCCAAAUUUAAAAUUUUUGAUAAAAAGGUUAAUUUUCAAAAGAAACAGUGGUGCUGCAUUGGCAUGGGGUGUUAUACAAUAACUUGGUUUGAUAAUGUAAAUUGGCCACUCUAUAGAGUAGUACUCUUUAAUGUAGCCAAUUUACAUUUAUUCAUCAACUCUGUUUACUUGAUAAAACCAAAUUACCUCGAACAUUUCAACAUUGCUCUUCCAAAAUUACAGUUUGAAUUUUUUUCUUCUUUUAGCGAGAUCAUUUUAAGGACAAGUCAGAGAGGCUCAAUACACAACUGAACUUUAUCCUUGGUGCUGAUGACAGACGACUGGUUGACAUUGACUCAGUUCUCAUGGAAAACAGGUCAGUUCAAGGUGAUUUAGGGCCACACAAUGUACAAGUACCUCUACCUGUAUGUUUUUGCAAUCAGUCUUCCCCUCACUUUUAAAAUAGGGAUUUUGUUAAGCCCUUUUUUUUCCUAUAGUAAUGAUAUUAUGAAUCAUUGAACAUUAUAUUUUUACUCAUGAUGUACAUGAACUUUCACAACUAAUAGAAAUACAAUGUUUUGUGUCAAAAUUUGGAAGGUAUUUAAAGGAACAAAUAAAGCAGCUGAAGGAAGAGAAAAACAUGGCUGUGUCUGCUUUGAACAGAUACAAGGUGAGAGUUGUGAACAACAGCUUAAUUGAUAGUUGGAAUAUUCAUUGUUAGAAAUUAUUAAACAAGGUUAAGAUGCAUGAUAUGUUUUUGUUAAAAAUGACAUGGUAUAAUUUAUUUCUAUUUACUCAUACUUGUAUAGUCUAGUUAUUUAAAUAUUUUAGAAAAUGCAGUGUACAAUUAUAUGCAUAAAAUAAUUCAAGUUUACCAUAUUUUUCCCUCUCUCAGAACACUUUUGAAAAGCGAAAGAACAAGAUAAUGCAGGCCCAGAUCCAAGGGUCCUACACAAACACAGCCAAACAUGGUAAAAAGAAAACAGCAGAAAUUAUAUAAUUAUUAUACUUUUGUGUGUUGAUUAACGUUCAGCUUAAUAAUAUGAACCUCAGCUAUGCUGGCAAUAUUGUUGAGGGGAGAGGGGACAUUAAUCUCCGUAUUCACAGUCUUCAAAUGUACACAAACAGUACAUGACUGUGAAAAAGGAUGUAGACUUUUGGAUGUGUUUUUAAGAUGUGUAUGAGGACCUUUUGACAUGGAUUAUACCUUCAAAAUGACUAUUGUCAGGUCAGUUCUGGGGUCAAGUGAUGUACAUAUACAUAUACGUAUUGGUAAAUUCUUUGAGGAGUGAAAUAAAGUUUGCAUUGAUGAAUUGAUCAAGAGUCAUUCUUUUUUACGCAAAUACAAGAGAUUAUUAUUGGACUGACGAUCUUUUUUUCUUUUUCGUAGCUGUGCCUUCACUCCUCUCUGAUCUUGUGGGACAUCUCAGCUCUAGUACAUCAGUAUCCACAGUAGCAGACUUGCAGUUUUUGGCCAACUCUUUAUCUGAGACACUUUCUGAAAAGGAUACUGCCUUGCAACACCUCAGAAGUGCUAACAAGUGAGAUUAUGGUAGUUAAUCUUUAGUAGGCGAACCAUCUCUAAUUUUGAUGGCGAUCCAGAAGUUAUUUCCAGAGAAAUUGAACAUAAUGCAAAUCAUACUUCAAAUUUGUAGCUUUUGAACACCCUCAGGCGAGAAACAUUUUCAGAGGAGUUUGAACGAAUGUCUAAGCUCUGUGCGAUUUGCGUGGUUGAAUGAAUUGUUGCUAAAACAUUCUGCUAACGUAACGUUUCCCUGGGUUUGCCAGGGUGGUAGAGUACUAGUUAUGACGCUUAUCCAACUGUAUGCUAGGACUCUAACUAUUAUCCAUAUCAUGUGUAGGAUUUUAGGCCACAGAGUCGCAGAACUUGAAAAGAAACUCAAGACGCUGGAGGUGUCAGGACUGUGGUCGUUACAAGGUUUGUCUCAGAAAGUGAACCAUGUAAUUGAGUUGUGUUUGUGGGCAAGACAUACAAGGUACCUCUCAUCACCAGGAAUUAUAAAUGAUUACCCGUGAGCUGUUGGGGAAACCUGACGAAAUGGGCUUAAUUACAAUGAAAGAGCAUCACAUCCAGUAGGGGUGGUAGGUCUGUUCAUCUUUUGAUCAUGUAUAGCCAUUAUGACAACUAUGCAAGUCACCUUGAUAUACAGACUUCCCUUUUACCUUCCUAGACACUGUUUUCUCUGAAUUUUUUUGCUUUUUUUAUUUCGUUUGGUUCCUUUCCAAUGGAGUUCGUCCCGUUGACUUAUGACAGAUUUCUUUUCCCCAGGUCACCGAGGAUAUGGCUCAACAGAAGCAGAUAAGCUCAGCUGUAAUAGAAUUCAGUCGCUAAUCCCUGACGAAGAACGUCGUUCAAAUGGUCACAACAAUCAACAUGAUGAGCUGGAGGACGCCGGGAAGGUGAGCGAGCCGGACUCCCCUUCAUCCCCAAGUUGGGAUCCCCGGCCACGGAGUCCAAUUCUGGAUUUACGCCCUUUUCAAAGUGACGUCGAAGAGGGGAUGCUAGUUAAUGUGGCAGGGAGUCCUGGUGACGGGCUGGAAGGAAUAGACUAUUUAGAGUUUGUCGAGGAAGAAGACGAUGAUGGUGAUGAGGAAGUAGAAGAUUUUCAACCUGAGGAACUCUCUUGCGAGGAACUGCCAGAAUCUGAACAACAUGAAGAUAAAGGUUGUAGAGAAGAUGAGCUGAGGGACAGUGAAAGUUCCAAUAACAUGCUUGGCGAGCCGCGCUGCAUUAAUAAUAUGGAAAUAUCCCACGAAGGGGAUGAUUCCGUGAGAUCGCUUUCCCAAGAAUCGAACAAUCACAGAAGUCAAAGACAGAACGAGGACAGCGAUCCGGAUCAGAAAUCUGUAUCAGAUGCUGAGCUGGCUAACUUAUUGAAAACACUCAGUUCUGAUGAGGGGUAGUUACAGCCUCAGACAUAGAUGUUCAAAUGACGUUACUUAGACUCUUAGCCACGUAAAGGUUACGUCAGUAUGCGUACAUAGCAUCAAUCAUAUUUAAAUGUUGCUGCUUAUGAUGAAAUCAUGCAGCAGGAAAUUUUCUCCAAAGAGUUCCAAUGAGACGAAAAUUACCAUAUCUUUUAUUUAUGUUCAAACUAAUAUUUGGGACACCUUGGUGUUGUUAGAAAGGCUCCUCCUUCCCUUGUCGCGUCAUACUUACAUGAUACCUCUUUUAUCAGCUUAAUAUAUUAAACUUACUUUCGGGAACAUGCUUUCUGGUAACUAAUUCACCUACAAUGGUUCUUUUCAAUUGCAACUGGAUCAGCGCUGUAAGAAGUCUGCUCGGCAGCUGCCGAGUGGUAUCGUCACGCAACGCAC